UAUUCCGGAAGAGGGCCAGGAAAUUGCGGAUUCGCUGCAGGACUCGCGCCCUUGGUAAAAGCACCACCACCCAAUCUCAGAUCCCACCCAGAGACUACGUUGAAGGUACGACGACCGCCGCCAACCCCGACGACUCGACCGACGAUACUAACCCGUCCGCCUCUCACACAGUCUUGCCGCCAAAAUGACCAAGGGAACUUCCAGCUUCGGAAAGCGCCACAACAAGACGCACACUCUGUGCCGUCGUUGCGGUCGCCGCUCUCUCCACGUCCAGAAGCACACUUGCGCUUCGUGCGGUUACCCUGCCGCCAAGACCCGGAAGUACAACUGGUCCGAGAAGGCCAAGCGCAGAAAGACCACCGGUACCGGCCGCAUGCGGUACCUCAGCACCGUCUCCCGCAAGUUCAAGAACGGCUUCCAGACCGGUGUCCCCAAGAACUCCAGGGGCCCUGCCACCAACCAGGCUCUGUAAAUUUUUGGGAGAGGACGACAUGUGAACUGGGGAUGACGAACAAAGCACAAGCAGUCGGGGAAAUAGACGACACUUCGCGCGGAUAACUGUUAUUGACGACGUUGACGGGCGAAAAAAACGGUAGCAAGGGCUUUAAGGGGAAACGGGUGUUUCUGCAUUUGGACUGGUUUACCAUGGAUUUUGCGGCAUCGCUGAGUUCUCGGGAACUCGGAACCUACUACACAAUACGGUAGCCAGUUACCUUUCCCAAAACGAAAAAAAGGACAAAAAAUUGGCAUUGCGUCACGAACAAAAAAA